AUGAAACGGAACGACAAUGUAAUCAGAGACCCUGCGCUCUCUCUCUCUCUCUCUCUAUCUAUCUAUCUAUCUAUCUAUCUAUCUAUCUAUCUAUCUAUCUAUCUCAGUCUCUUCAUUAUCUAUCUAUCUAUCUAUCUAUCUAUCUAUCUAUCUAUCUAUCUAUCUAUCUAUCUCAGUCUCUUCAUUAUCUAUCUAUCUAUCUAUCUAUCUAUCUAUCUAUCUAUCUAUCUAUCUAUCUCAGUCUCUUCAUUAUCUUCAUUAUCUAUCUAUCUAUCUAUCUAUCUAUCUAUCUAUCUAUCUAUCUGUCUAUUCUUUAUUGGGGACUGGAAACUUUUGCAUUUAUCUAUCUAUCUAUCUAUCUAUCUAUCUAUCUAUCUAUCAAUGCACACGUAUUUAAAUUUUUGCUCCUCACUCUGUAUUCAUUAUCUAUCUGGGGCCCUUGAUCGAAGACUUCUCUCUUGGUGUUCAUCAUGCAGUAGGAAAUCAGUCUUUUUAUUAUCUGUCUACCAACCUAUAUAUCAAUCUUUUCAUAUCCCAAUCUGUUCACUAUCUAUCUAUCUAUCUAUCUAUCUAUCUAUCUAUCUAUCUAUCUAUCUCACAAGAUAG